UCCACCUCUCAAUUUGCAAAUCUCAAAAGAAAAGAAAAGAAAAGAAAAACUCAAAAAAUAUAGAGAUAAAGUUAGAGAGAGACACUUCACCCUAUACAUACAUACAUACAUACCACUGCAAUAAUUCACUUUUUCUUUCCCAGUAUUUUCUUCCCUUUUCGUUCCUACCUUUAAUUUGCCAGCUUUGCUUAGCUCUUUCUCGUCCCUUCUUCAACCUCAAAGAUCUCUCUCUCUCUCUCAAACUCAAGAUAUUUUUCUGCAACUUACAGACUGCUGAAGGUUGGAUUCUGAAGUUGAGCUUUACAUUUUUCGCUUGAGAAACCAGUUGUAAGGAAGAAUUCCAAGAAAUGUCUAGCUCUUCAAAAGUUUUGGAUUCUGCAUUUCAGGGAGUGGGUCAAAAACCCGGGACUGAAAUCUGGCGUAUUGAGAAUUUUCAGCCAGUACCAUUGCCAAAGUCAGACUAUGGAAAGUUCUACAUGGGGGAUUCGUAUAUUGUCUUACAGACAACACCUAGCAAGGGUGGUUCAUAUCUGUAUGACAUACACUUUUGGAUUGGUAAAGAUACUAGUCAGGAUGAAGCUGGAACUGCUGCUAUAAAAACCGUUGAGCUAGAUGCAGUACUAGGAGGGCGUGCUGUGCAGCACAGGGAACUUCAAGGCCAUGAAUCUGACAAAUUUUUAUCAUACUUCAAGCCUUGCAUUAUACCGCUGGAAGGUGGCGUUGCUUCUGGAUUUAAAACGGCUGAAGAAGAAGAGUUUGAAACACGGUUGUAUGUCUGCAGAGGAAAACGAGUUGUCAGAUUGAAGCAGGUUCCUUUUGCCCGUUCUUCACUGAAUCAUGAUGAUGUGUUUAUCUUGGACACUCAAAAUAAGAUUUAUCAGUUCAAUGGUGCAAAUUCUAAUAUUCAAGAAAGGGCAAAGGCAUUAGAAGUAAUUCAGUUUCUAAAGGAAAAGUACCACGAGGGAACGUGCAAUGUUGCAAUAGUUGAUGAUGGGAAAUUGGACACGGAGUCUGACUCAGGUGAGUUCUGGGUCCUCUUUGGUGGUUUUGCUCCAAUAGGCAAGAAGGUCACCAGUGAAGAUGAUGUUAUUCCUGAGACAACUCCUGCUAAACUUUAUAGCAUAACUGAUGGUGAGGUGAAGAUUGUAGAAGGUGAACUAUCGAAAGGUCUCUUGGAAAACAACAAAUGCUAUCUACUGGAUUGUGGUGCGGAGAUUUUUGUUUGGGUUGGACGGGUGACACAAGUAGAGGACAGAAAAGCCGCUAGUCAAGUUGCUGAGGACUUUAUUGCUGGCCAGAAUAGACCAAAAACAACACGCAUUACCCGUGUUAUCCAAGGGUAUGAAACCAAUUCAUUCAAGAGCAACUUUGAUUCUUGGCCGGCGGGAUCUGCAGCUCCUGGUGCUGAGGAAGGAAGAGGAAAAGUAGCCGCUUUGCUGAAGCAACAAGGAGUUGGUGUCAAGGGAAUGAGCAAAAGUGCUCCUAUGAAUGAAGAAGUUCCUCCUUUGCUUGAUGGCGGUGGAAAGAUGGAGGUAUGGUGCAUCAAUAGCAGUGCCAAGACACCGUUGCCAAAAGAGGAUAUUGGCAAAUUUUAUAGCGGAGACUGCUACAUUGUCCUUUAUACCUACCACUCAGGUGACAGGAAAGAAGAUUACUUUCUUUGCUGUUGGAUUGGAAAGGAUAGCGUUGAGGAGGACCAAAAGAUGGCCACUCGACUGGCUAAUACAAUGUGUAACUCACUUAAGGGGAGGCCUGUUCAGGGUCGAGUUUUUGAUGGUAAAGAGCCACCCCAGUUCAUUGCACUUUUUCAACCAAUGGUGGUCCUUAAGGGUGGUCUAAGCACUGGUUACAAAAAGAGUAUAGCAGACAAAGGCUUGACAGAUGAAACCUACACUGCAGAUUGUGUUUCUUUAUUUCGAAUUUCCGGAACCUCAGUGCACAAUAACAAAACAUUGCAAGUUGAUGCGGUAGCAACAUCAUUGAACUCGAUUGAUUGUUUCCUCCUGCAAUCUGGAUCUUCCAUGUUUACUUGGCAUGGAAAUCAAAGCACCUAUGAACAGCAGCAAUUAGUUGCACGAGUUGCUGAAUUUUUGAAGCCUGGAGUUGCUCUUAAACAUGCUAAAGAAGGAAAGGAGAGCUCUGCCUUCUGGUUUGCACUUGGGGGGAAGCUUAGUUAUACCAGCAAAACUGCAUCUACAGAGAUUGUCAGGGAUCCCCACUUGUUCACUUUUUCUCUUAAUAAAGGAAAGUUUGAGGUUGAGGAAGUUUACAAUUUCUCUCAGGAUGAUCUCUUGACAGAAGAUAUUUUGAUACUCGAUACACAUGCUGAAGUGUUUGUUUGGGUCGGUCAGUGCGUAGACCCCAAAGAAAAGCAAAAUGCUUUUGAAAUUGGUCAGAAAUAUAUAGACAUGGCUGCAUCUCUAGAAGGUUUGUCUCCACAUGUUCCACUUUACAAAGUUACUGAAGGAAAUGAACCUUGCUUCUUCACAACAUUCUUCUCAUGGGAUUCCACCCAAGCUACUGUGCAAGGAAACUCAUUCCAGAAGAAGGUGGCUUUGCUCUUUGGGGCUAGCCAUGCUGUAGAGGCCCAGGAUCGAUCCAAUGGAAAUCAAGGAGGACCUACACAAAGAGCUUCAGCUUUAGCUGCCUUAUCAUCUGCAUUUAAUCCAUCAUCAGCUAGCAAAGCCUCUACUCCAAAGCCUUCCAGCACUAGUCAGGGAUCACAAAGAGCAGCAGCUGUAGCUGCUCUUUCCUCGGUUCUUACUGCUGAAAAGAAGAAACAAUCACCUGAUGCAUCCCCUAUAAAAUCCACUAGCAGCACUCCUGCAGUAACCAGCCCACCUCCUGAAGCAAAGAGUGAAGUGGACCCUUCUGAACUAGCAGAUUCUCAAGAGGUUCCUGAAGCCAAGGAGACAGGUGUAGUAUCUGAAACCAGUGGGGAGGAUUCAGAACCAAAGCAAGAGAGGGAGCAGGAUGAGAAUGGGAAUGGAAGCACUCAAAGUACUUUCAGUUAUGAGCAACUGAAGGCGAAAUCCGAAAAUCCUGUAACUGGAAUUGACUUCAAACGGAGAGAGGCUUAUUUGUCGGAUGAAGAGUUCCAGGCCGUAUUUGGGAUGGAAAAAGAAGCAUUUUAUAAACUGCCAAAGUGGAAACAAGACAUGCUGAAGAAGAAAGUUGAUUUAUUCUAGAGAAUGAAUGCAUGUAUGUUGUUCUUUUGCAUUCUAAUGCCUUCAUUGAAUUUGAUCUUCACUUCCGCUCGAAAAUUGUGGUUUUCUUGGUAUAGCUUGGAUUGCCUUAUCUCAUUUGCCUUUUUUCAUGUCGUGGUUAAUAUCUGAUUGUUUGAAAGAGUGAUUUUUUAGGUUCCACACCUCCUAGCGUCACUGGCUUUUGUAAUGUAUCACAUGUAGUAGUCAAGGAGAGUUGGACUUGGCAGGUCAACAUUCUUUUAUUUGGUUGGCAUGUAUCUCAUCUCUGUUGUGUUUUUAUUUUAUUUUUCCUUGUUUUAGUUUGGUAAACAAGGUUGGUUGAUGUAUAUGGUUUGCAUUUGUUUGGACAUAAUGGAUAAUUCAUGGUUUGAGAAAUAUAUAUAUAUAAAAACUUAUAUUUGUCUUUGUUUCA